AUGCGUACAUCGCGAACGUCAAAAGAGACUGCAAAGGUCUUCCAGGCCCUGUCACCCCCUGCGCGUCGUCAAACACGGAGCAGUGCUCAUGCUGGCCGGUUCGGGGACUUCGCGUACAAUGGAGCCGUGAAUGAGGCUGAAUUGAUCAAAAAGGAGGAUGACACCUCUUCUCUCUCAUCUGUUGACACUGUCGACAUUGAAGAUAUUUUGGAACCCCCUGCGAAGAAGCGCAAGACCAGAGCAAGCCCUGCCGCCAGGGGCAGCACCUCCUUGAGAACGCCAGAGAAGAAGGUUGAGAAGACUAUCAAAAGUGAAACCACACCCCAAAAAUCUCGCCGAGCACCAGCACGGAAGAUCAAGAGUGAAGACGGUUCCUUCACUGUGGAGCCUCCCUCGAAUUGGGAAGCCAUGUACUCAAUCGUUAAGAAGAUGAGGGAGGCCAACCCUACAGCACCUGUCGAUACCAUGGGUUGUGCCGAGUUAUACUGGCGCGCAUCUUCCCCGCGAGAUCAGCGUUUCCAGACACUUAUCGCACUGAUGUUGUCUUCGCAAACCAAGGACACCGUCACGGCCGUUGCGAUGCAGCGACUACACACCGAGCUCGGAGAUGGCGAUACACCUGUUGUCAAGCAGGAGGUGGAAGAGGUCUCUGGGAUUGCAUCGAAAUCCGAUAAAGACAGCACUCUGAAUUUAGAGAAUAUCCUGGCUGUCUCACCGGAACGGCUAAAUUCGCUAAUCGGCACUGUGGGCUUCCACAACAACAAGACCAAGUACAUCAAGAAGACUGCUGAAAUAAUCAGAGAUCAGUAUGAUUCUGAGAUUCCUUCUACUCCUGCUGACCUGAUGAAACUGCCUGGCGUCGGCCCGAAGAUGGCUUAUCUGUGUAUGAGUGCGGCGUGGGGAAAGCAUGAGGGCAUUGGUGUUGAUGUCCACGUUCACCGUAUCACGAACCUCUGGGGCUGGCACAAGACUAGAACGCCGGAAGAAACUCGCAUGUCGCUGGAAUCGUGGCUACCAAAGGAUAAAUGGCAUGAAAUUAAUAAGCUGCUCGUAGGGUUAGGGCAGACGGUUUGCUUACCUGUAGGAAAGAGAUGUGGCGACUGUGAUCUUGCCGGGACGAAGCUAUGCAAAAGCGAAAUCAAAGGCAUGGCUCCGAAGAAUGGCCCUCGUGCUUUGCCGCUGAAGGAGGAAACUGCAGCAGGAGCCCUCUCUCCCGUCAAGAUCAAGGUUGAGAGGGAUUAG